AUGGAUCAGAAUCUAAGAACGUCAGACUGGAAUGUUACAACAAUGGACAGGAGUUUAUCCCAGGAUGUUGGGUACCUUUCUACAUAUUAUGAUCAAUGGUCAUUAUCACUGCGGAUCCUAUAUGCACUUUACAUUAUUCAAUAUUUUUAUUAUCCUUUCCUGGCUAUCCUUGGUGUCCCUGUUAACGUUGUGACGAUCUUCGUCCUGUUUUAUAAAGAUUGUGGAUUGUCUCCAUGUGUCAGUCGUUACCUGGUGGCCAUGGCAGUGAUGGAUCUACUGGUCAUUAUCCUUGACCUGAUGUGGAGACACAUUCCAAUUGUUUAUCGGGAACAGGUUUAUUUCUUGUUGUACAUCCCUGUGUGUAAUAUCCACGCUGUCCUCCUUUAUGCAGCCACUGACUGUUCUGUCUGGUUCACUGUCACUUUCACCUUUGAUCGAUUUGUGGUCAUUUGUUGCCAGAAGAUGAAAAGUAAAUAUUGCAGUGAGAAAACGGUGGCUGUGGUUCUGGGAACAGUGACUGUGCUGAGCUGUUUAAAAAACAUUUUCUGGUAUUUUAUGCUCACAGGUCAAUAUUUGCUGGAGAAAUCCCCCCAGCUUUGUUAUGUAACAAUAACAGUUCUUUACUCUCGUGUCUGGGUUACAAUCGAGUUCCUCCACAACAUUCUAAACCCAGCUCUCCCAUUUCUCCUGAUUCUGCUUCUCAAUGUUUUCACCGUCAGACACAUUUUAGUGAUGAGCAAAGCCCGUAGCAGACUCCGGGCUCACACCAAUAGGGAUGGUCAGUGUGACACUGAAAUGCAAAAUCGAAAAAAAUCCAUCAUUUUACUGUUUGUGAUCUCGGCCAACUUCAUCCUCUUAUGGUCAACGUUAAUGGUGUUUUCCUUGUGGUAUCGGAUGUGGUUUAUUGGGUAUGACGCUAUGUAUCUAGAUUAUUUUGUGCGAGACUUGGGCUUCAUGCUGCAGCUCCUCAGUUGCUGCACAAAUACUGCGAUUUAUGCUGUGACCCAGGCUAAGUUCAGACAACAGCUGAACAAUGUGCUGAAAUAUCCUUUUACUCAAAUUAGUCAAUUAAUCAAAUUGAUUAAUUAA